GCAGCACGCAUAAGCUUGAUAUCUUCGUAAAUCUCAAGAUGAACAUUCUAGGUGAACCCGGAAGUUAACGCUCAUGUGUGAGUCUAUCCUUUAAGUCUACGUUACAAGCAACAUAGUGACCAAUCAUGGCUUCUCAAUGGAGGAAAGAGUCAGAGCGCUGUUGUUCCGGUUCCGCCUGGACUCAGAUGAUCACAAUGGCAGAUGCGAAGCCUGUUUGCAGCUUUCUCUUCAAGAAACGUCGGCCCGCGCCCGGGAGGGGUCAGCGCAAGAGACCAGACAGCGACCGGGAAGCCGGAAGCAGCAGUGAUGAAGGCAGCGCAGUAGUUAAGAAGCAGAGACGCAAGGAAGUCUCCAACCCCAUGAUUCAAAAGACUAAAAGAAGCACAAAGGACAAUACAUCAUAUGGGUCCAGCAGCAGUGAUGAUGAGGGCAAGUCUCAAGGAGUUGGAGUCUCCUAUAAGUCAACGAGAUCUGCGAAACCUGUGGGUCCAGAGGACAUGGGGGCAACAGCUGUGUAUGAACUGGAUACAGAAAAGGAGAAAGAUGCCCAAGCCAUCUUUGAACGUAGCCAGCAAAUACAGGAGGAACUCAGAGGAAAGGAUGAUGAUAAGAUUUACCGUGGGAUCAAUAAUUAUCAAAAGUAUGUGAAGCCAAAAGAUACAUCAAUGGGGAAUGCCUCCUCAGGCAUGGUAAGGAAAGGACCUAUCCGAGCCCCAGAGCAUCUCAGGGCCACUGUGAGGUGGGACUACCAACCAGACAUCUGCAAAGACUACAAGGAGACGGGGUUUUGUGGUUUUGGAGACAGCUGUAAAUUCCUCCAUGACCGGUCAGACUACAAGCAUGGCUGGCAAAUUGAGCGAGAGCUGGACGAGGGACGCUAUGGUGUUAAUGAUGAUGAAAACUAUGAAGUAAGCAGUGAUGAGGAGGACCUGCCUUUCAAAUGUUUCAUCUGCAGACGCUCCUUCAAGAACCCUGUGAUGACCAAGUGUAAACAUUAUUUCUGUGAGAGCUGUGCUCUACAACAUUAUCGCAAGUCCCAGAGAUGCUAUGUAUGUGACCAACAAACAAAUGGUGUCUUCAACCCAGCCAAAGAGUUAAUAGCAAAGCUGGAAAAACACAAGGCUGAAGAGGGAACUACAGAGAAUGCUGAGGAGCCAGAGUAAUACUGGGAUACCACCACUCUUACAAUCCUCCUGAAAGCUAGUUUUAUAACUGAAUAAAUAUUUCUAGAAAA